UAGAGAGAGAAGGGGGCAUCAAUCUAACCCUUGGAUUUCCCGGAGCCAUCAUCCCAGUCCCAUCCCACCGUCUCUCCUUUUUUUCUCUCCUUUCCCCACCCUCCUCCGCCCUCCCAAUUUCUUCCCUCCAGUUGCCGUCUUCCCCAGCCGUCGGAUCCCCCACCCGAGGUGGGAGGGAGUUCGUUGGUACGGCCCUCCGCCAGUGCUACCCCUCUCGCUUUCUGACAGGACGUACGGGAGCUUGGUGCUCCCCUCUCUUCCCUCAGCCCCUCCCUAUCUUCCCCUCCUCUCCCCUCCCAGUCGUCUCUGCCUGCCGUUGUAUAUUGUUCCUUCUCCGCCCAUAUUGGCCUGUCUCUCCACUGAGGGGGAGGGGAGGAAGAGGAAAAAGGAGGAGCGGAGGACGGGACAGAUAGAGGAGGAGGUGGAGGAGGAGGACGACACAUUAUCAUCCAUUAGGGCCCGUGUCGAGGGCUGAAGGGAAGAACUGGGGAGAUAAUGAUGAUGAACGAGCUCCAGAUCAAGGUGGCCCAGGCGGUGCAUGUCCUGAACCACGACGCCCAGUCCUGCAACCGUGUCGCCGCCAACCAGUGGCUGGUCCAGUUCCAGCAGACCGACGCCGCCUGGGAGGUCGCCACCUCCCUCCUCACCUCCCCCGACCGCCUCCUCCCUCCCCUCCCCCUCAGCUUCGAGGUUGAAUUCUUCGCCGCCCAGAUCCUCCGCCGCAAGAUCCAGAACGAGGGAUACUACCUGCAGGUGGGAGCCAAAGACGCCUUGCUCAAUGCUCUUCUCCUCGCUGCCCAGCGCUUCAGCUUGGGCCCGCCCCAGCUAUUGACCCAGAUAUGUCUAGCGCUUUCAGCGCUGGUGCUGCGCGCGGUCGAGCACAAGAAGCCCAUUGAGCAGCUGUUCGCCAGCCUUCAGAAGCUGCAGAGCCAGGAGAAUGGGAAUGUUGCUGUUCUGGAGAUGCUGACGGUCCUUCCAGAAGAGGUCGCUGAGGACCAGAACGGAGACAGAAAUAUUGAUGCAGCAAGUAGAUGUCAGUUCACACGAGAGCUCCUGUCUCACACCUCCACUGUGCUUGAGUUCCUCCUCCUCCAAUCGGAGCAGAGGCUUGAUGAUGGUAUUCAAUUUCGGGAAAGAAAUCGGAAGAUAUUGCGGUGUCUGCUGAGUUGGGUCCGUGUGGGAUGCUUUUCGGAGAUUCCACAUGCUUCCCUGCCGACACAUCCACUUCUUAACUUUGUUUUCAAAUCCUUACAGGUUUCAUCCUCAUUUGAUGUGGCCAUCGAGGUUCUCAUUGAGCUUGUUAGUCGGUAUGAGGGUUUACCACAGGUGUUAUUGUUUAGAAUACAGUAUCUUAAAGAAAUACUGCUUCUGCCAGCACUUCUUAAUAGAGAUGAAAAAGUAAUUGGUGGACUUGCAGGCUUGCUGUCAGAAAUCGGGCAGGCAGCACCAGCUUUGAUUGCAGAAGCAAGUACAGAAGCACUCCUGCUUGCAGAUGCACUUUUGAGGUGGUAUCUGAAUCUGAUAUUUCAAUGCUUGUGCAAAUGUUCCAUCUAUAGUUCUUCUAACAUACUGGAAGAGGCUUUCUUUCCCUUUAAAGUUCUUGAUUUACCUUUGUUUUACCAUGAUGUGAAAGUUGGUCUAGGUUACCAUGAUUGGCCAUUCUUCAUAAUUAGUAUGUGCUUAUUAUAUGACAGAUGCGUUGCUUUUCGGAGUGAAGAUUGGGAGAUUGCAGAUUCAACCUUACAAUUUUGGUGCAGUUUAGCAACUUAUCUUCUUGGUGUAGAAGUUGGAAAGGCAAAUAAGAAAACCAUUGAAGAAACAUUUUCCCCUGUUUUCUCAGCUUUACUAGAUGCACUUUUAUUACGUGCUCAGGUUGAUGAUCCUGGAUUUGAUGGCAAUAAUGGAGCACUAAACAUACCUGAUGGACUUGCGCAGUUUAGGAUGAAUUUGGAGGAGCUUUUGGUAGAUAUAUGUCAGCUCUUAGGGUCUGCUACAUUUGUGCAGAAGCUUUUUUGCGGUGGAUGGACUUCUGCAGAUUCAUUAAUUCCUUGGGUAGAGGUGGAAACUAGAAUGUUUGCACUCACUAUGGUUGCAGAGACGGUUUUAAAAGAUGGAAAUCCUUUCAAUUUCUCCGUGAUUAUGCGGGUGGUGACAAUUCUGUCAAGUAAAGCACCUGAUGAGCGAAAGGGCUUCUUGUCCAUCGUCUACAAAUCUAUUGCUGAUGUUGUUGGGUCUUAUUCUAAGUGGAUAUCAUCUUUUCCGAGUAACAUUAGGCCAUUACUUCUAUUCUGUGCCUCAGGGAUUACAGACUCAAUAUCCUCAAGUGCUUGCUCUUCAGCCUUACGUAAGCUUUGUGAAGAUGCUUCCUCGGUGAUUCAUGAAGCUCAGAAUAUGGAAAUACUUAUCUGGCUUGGGGAGGGCUUGGAGAAAGGGAAUCUGCCAGUAGAAGAAGAGGAAGAGAUUGUUAGUGCAAUUACUCUCACUCUUAAUUCUAUUCCGAACAAAGAAUUGAAGAAGAGUUCAUUAGCAAGGUUGCUUUCAUCUAGCUAUGGAGCCAUUGAAAAACUUAUAGAGCAAGAUAAUGAGCAUUCUUUGAAGCAAAACCCAGCUGCUUAUACACAAGCCUUGAACUCAGCUGCCAGGGGUUUGUACAGGAUGGGAGCUGUAUUUGGUCAUCUAGCAACUCCUAUCUCAACUGAUCAGCUUGAGGAAGAUACAAUUUUGGUUCUUCUCGGACUAUUCUGGCCUCUCCUUGAGAAACUUUUUAGGUCUGCUCAUAUGGAAAAUGGUAGUUUAUCUGCAGCUGCAUGUCGCUCUCUUUCUUUGGCUGUACAUUCUUCAGGACAACACUUCUUAAUGUUGUUGCCUAAAGUUCUGGACUGUUUAUCUACAAAUUUUCUGUUAUUUCAGAGCCAUGAUUGCUAUCUAAGAACAGCUGCCGUUAUGAUUGAAGAAUUUGGUCACCGAGAAGAAUAUGGACCUUUAUGCAUUAGCACAUUUGAGAGAUUUACCUCAGCAGCUUCAGUAACAGCUCUUAAUUCUUCUUACAUAUGUGAUCAAGAACCUGAUUUGGUGGAAGCCUUUACUAAUUUCACAUCUGCGUUUGUUCGCUGUUGUUCUAAGGAUGUUGUUGCUGCAUCUGGCUCACUGCUCGAGAUAUCAGUUCAAAAAGCAGCCAUAUGCUGUACAGCAAUGCAUCGUGGAGCAGCACUUGCAGCAAUGUCAUAUAUGUCUUGUUUUCUAGAGGUCAGCCUGAUCUCUGUGUUGGAGUCCUUGGCUUGUAUAACAGAAGGAUCAUUAAGUGCAGUGGUAAUUCAUGUUUUGUCACGCAGCGGUGAAGGACUCAUAUCUAAUGUGGUAUAUGCCCUCCUUGGUGUAUCGGCUAUGUCAAGGGUGCACAAAUCUGCAACAAUCUUACAGCAAUUAGCAGCAUUGUGCAGUUUAUGUGAAAGAACAACCUGGAAUGCAGUUCUUUGUUGGGAUUCUCUCUGUGGAUGGCUGCAAUCGACGGUUCAAUCUUUGCCAUCAGAGUAUUUAAAGCAAGGCGAAGCAGAAACUAUGGUACCACUGUGGCUGGAGGCCCUUGCAAGUGCAGCCUCAGAUUACCUUGACAGCAAGAGCUCUGAUGCCAACAGAAGUGACCAUGUGCACAUGCAAGGGAAAGGAGGGCGGACACUUAAGCGUAUCAUAAGAGAUUUUGCCGACUCCCACCGCAAUGUUCCAAAUCCCACAUGAUGCACCACCAAAAUUACCUUGCAUUCUGACUUUCAAAUUCGCAGAAACUCCUCAGUUGCUGACAAAUGUAACGUGAAUUGUACAUCGGAGGCCAACUUUACAGCUUGGUGUUGGAAUUCAGCCACUGGUUUCUGUUAGGCUUUUUGUAAUCAAAUUGUAUACAGUGAUUCAAGUUUCCCAAUUUUGUUGUGGCCCCCUUUAUAGCAAAGGCAAGUCACAUUUGCUGUAAUUUGAAUGCGACUGUUUGAGCUGGCAGUUUCAUACUUGUAUAUAGUCUGCUGUGCUCUGCACAGCCAGAGCGCAGGUUAUAAAGGUGGCAAUAUCAUUCCCAAUUGGCUAGAGUCUGAGAAUUAAAGAAUGAUGAAGAUUUCCAGAAAGUCGAUACAUUGUAAAGAAGGGUGCAAUUGAUUUCAACAUGAAUGUUAUUGAUUUUUCCAGUAAAUUAUGAGGUAACAUGCUACCUUUUAUGGAA